AACGACGUUCUAGUGGAGUUUUUAAUGUUCAGCCAUCGAUCGCACCACACCCGUCACAAAAUGGUUCUGGAGAACCGCCAUUGCAACAACCUCCAUUGCAAACGCCGCCAUCGCCCCUAACGGAAAAUUCUUCGAUGAUGCAGAUUCUGAAACUCAUGCAGCAGCAAAUGACGCAGCAGCAGAAUAUUUUGGCACAGCUGAUGCAGCACCAAGGAUCGGGGUCAGGCCAAAAUUCACUCACAUCGCCCGAACAAAUUCUGGAUUCACUAUGCAGCCAUUUAAAGGAGUUUAACUAUGAUGCUGAAGCUGGAUCGACAUUCGCAGCAUGGUACAGCCGAUAUGAGGAUUUGUUCGAGAAAGAUGCAGCCCGCUUGAGCGACGAAGCGAAAGUGCGCCUUCUUAUGCGCAAACUGGGAACCCUCGAACACGAUCGGUAUGUCAAUUUUAUUUUACCAAAAUAUUCACGUGAUUUUUCUUUGUCAGAAACAGUCAUCAAACUCACGGACUUGUUCGGCUCCAAGGAGUCCCUGUUACAUAGACGCUUCAAAUGUCUAAAUACGUGCAAAGGGAAAUCUGAGGACUAUUUAGCGUAUGCUUGUCGCAUUAACCGAGGGGUUAUUAACUUUGAGCUCGGGAAGCUUUCUGAGGAACAGCUCAAAUGCCUCGUAUUUGUCUGCGGAUUGAAGGAUGAUUGCGAAGUGGAAAUCAGGCAAAGAUUGCUAUCCCGAAUUGAGGAACGUCCUGAAACUACAUUAGAACAAGUUACGGCAGAAUGUCAGCGCAUCAUCAAUCUGAGACGCGACAGCGCUAUGAUCGAGCGUGACACGUCAGAACAAGUAUACGCAGUACAACAAAGACGGUUUCAGUACCAUCGUUCCUAUCCCUCUAGAAAACUGUCAUCUUCAAGAGACCCCCGCCAUCCGUGUUGGCAGUGCGGAGCAUUGCAUUGGUCUCGUAACUGCACAUAUCGUACUUAUAAAUGCACUGCGUGUGGUAAAAUAGGGCACAAGGAAGGGUUUUGUAACACGAAGGCCAGUUUAACACGCAACAAUUUUAAUAACCCUUUCGAUCAACAUCAAACGAGUACUAGAACUGUUACUGUCAACGUGCACAGCGUCCAGCAGAGGAGGAAAUAUGUGCCACUCAACAUCAAUGGCAAAAGUCUAAGACUACAGCUAGACACCGCUUCCGACAUCACAGUCAUCGGUAAAAACGUAUGGAAGCACAUUGGAGCACCACCACUAUCACCGUCAUCAGUUGACGCUAAGACAGCAUCAGGAGGAGAGCUACCAAUAAUCGGAGAGUUUAAUGCAAACAUCAUCAUCGGAGAGAAGCAGCGUCGAGAAACGAUAUAUGUGUCUCAAGCGGAUUUGAGACUACUGGGCACGGAUUUAGUAGAGGCAUUUUCUUUGUGGUCAGUGCCUAUUGACCAGAUAUGCAACGUCAUUCAUACAUCGAGUGUUAAGGAUUUGGAACAACGAUUUCCCCGCCUUUUUGGAGCUGGUAUGGGUCUAUGUACAAAAGGAAACGUUAAUCUGCAACUGAAGGAGCAUUGCCGUCCAGUUUUCUGCCCUAAGCGUCCAGUUGCGUACGCAAUGCUGGACGCAGUUGAUAAAGAGCUCGACAGGUUGCAGCAAUUGGGAGUAAUCACACCGGUAGACUAUUCUGAUUGGGCUGCGCCGAUUGUUGUGGUACGGAAAGCAAACGGCCAAAUCAGGAUCUGUGGAGAUUACUCGACCGGGCUUAAUGGAGCAUUGCAUCCCCAGGAGUAUCCGCUUCCGUUACCAGCAGAUAUAUUCGCCAAACUAGGUAAUUGUACUCAUUUUACGCAAAUUGAUUUAACGGAUGCUUUCCUUCAGGUCGAAAUCGCAGAGCAGAGCCGGAGUCUCUUGACGAUCAACACACACAAAGGGUUGUAUUCCUACAACAGACUGCCACCGGGUAUCAAGGUAGCCCCCGCUGCAUUCCAACAACUGAUGGACAAGAUGCUUGUUGGUCUACGUGGCGUCUCCAGCUAUAUGAACGACAUCAUUGUCGGAGGUAGGAAUCAAGAAGAGCACGAUGAAACUCUGCUUCAAACCCUAGGUCGUAUUCAGGAGUACGGUUUUACAAUCCGUGUCGAUAAAUGCUCGUUCAAUAAGUCACAAAUAAGAUAUCUAGGGCACAUAAUAGAUAGAAACGGCAUCAGUCCCGAUCCAUCCAAAGUAGAAGCGAUCAUUAAUCUGCCAGCACCGUCAGACGUCAGCGAAGUACGAUCAUUUCUUGGGGCGAUUAAUUACUAUGGUCGUUUCAUCCCAAAUCUGCGUAAUCUACGAUACCCACUAGAUGCAUUGUUGAAGGAAGGGAAACAAUUUGAUUGGUCAGCAGAGUGCCAGAAGGUCUUCGAAAAGUUCAAAACUAUAUUAUCGUCAAACCUAGCGUUAACCCACUACGAUCCACGAUUCGAGAUAAUAGUAUCAGCUGAUGCGUCUUCUGUUGGUCUAGGAGCAACCUUAAGUCACAGGAUGCCCGACGGUACUAUGAAAGUUGUGCAACAUGCAUCAAGAUCGCUUACAAAAGCCGAGCAAGGAUAUAGUCAGAUCGAUCGGGAAGGGUUAUCAAUCAUUUUUGCGGUAACCAAAUUCCACAAAAUGAUAUUUGGUCGACAUUUUCGCCUUCAAACAGACCACAGGCCUCUUUUGAGAAUAUUUGGUAACAAGAAAGGAAUACCUGUUUACACUGCUAACAGAUUGCAGCGUUUUGCCCUAACCAUUCUAAUGUACGAUUUUCAAAUCGAAUAUAUUUCCACGGAAAAUUUUGGCAAUGCCGACAUAUUAUCACGACUAAUAAGCAAGCACAACAAGCCAGAUGAAGAUUAUAUUAUAGCUAAUUUGGAAUUGGAGAGGGAUGUAAAGUCAGUCGUCAUCAGUAAUAUUUCAUCCUUACCAAUUAGCUUCAUGGAGAUCGCCAAACAGACACUAAAAGAUGCCAUUUUAUGCAAAGUAUUUCAUUUUAUACAAAAGGGCUGGCCCCAAAAUACUACUUAUGCAGGAGAAUUAUCACGAUUUUAUGCGAGAAGAGAAGCCCUAUUAGCAGUAGAAAAUUGUAUUUUAUUCGGAGAGAGAGUCGUAAUUCCAAAUAUCCUGCAGCAAAGAUGCCUUAGGCAAUUUCACCGUGGACACCCUGGCAUUCAAAGAAUGAAAUCGUUAGCUCGUAGCUACGUAUACUGGCCUUCAAUAGAUAGUGAUAUAAGCGAAUGCAUAGCUUCUUGCGAGAAAUGUCAAACUGCAGCGAAAACACCAGCACAUUCACCUCAUGUUCCUUGGCCUAAAUCGUCAUCUCCAUGGCAGAGAGUUCAUAUCGAUUAUGCAGGCCCAGUAGAGGGAGAUUAUUUCCUUAUAAUCGUAGAUGCUUACUCCAAAUGGCCAGAGGUUAUUAAAACAUCAAGUACUACUGCUUCAGCGACCAUAGCAAUUUUAAGAGGAAUAUUUGCACGUUUUGGCAUUCCAGUUACACUGGUGAGUGAUAAUGGGACGCAAUUUACAAGCGGAAUUUUUGCAGAUUUUUGCACAAGUAAUGGCAUACAACAUUUAAGAACGGCACCUUUUCAUCCGCAAUCUAACGGCCAAGCUGAGAGGUUCGUAGAUACGUUCAAGAGAGCAAUGAAAAAGAUUUGUUCAGAUGAUACUUCGCUUCCUGAGGCAAUAGAUUUAUUUUUGCAAACAUAUCGAUCCACUCCAAACCCAGCCAUUGAUGAAAACAAAUCACCAGCCGAGGUCAUGUUAGGGCGUCAAAUGCGCACAUGUUUUGACUUGUUGCGGCCCACUGCUAUUUCCAAUGAGCCUAGAGUACCGGAUAAUAUGAGGGUUUUGCAUUGUGGAGAACUGGUAUACGUCAAAACGUUUUAUAGAAACAAUUGGAAAUGGGAGCCUGCAAUUGUAACAAAGAGAUGCGGUAGCGUUAUGUACGAGGUUAAAACUAGUUUCCAGCGUAUACUUCGUAGGCAUAUAAACCAAAUGCGCAGGCGUUCUGUAAGCUUCCAUCAAUCAAAUCGUCCUUCACAACCCAUGGCGUUGGAUGUACUCUUCGGAACGUGGAAUGUACAGCCAAGAACAUCACCGAUAUCCAGCGACGUAAAUCAGUGUACGCCAUUGCUAUCGUCUGUGUCGUCACCCAAUUCUAAGCCAGCAUCGUUCGCGUCUUCACCGUCAUCGUCACCAUCGUCUACAUUAUUAUCUACGUCUGAGUCAGCAUCGUCCACGUCCUCACCGUCAUCGUCAUCAUCGUUGUAUGAUUCGUCUUCAGUGUACACAUCAUGUUCACCGACACCUGAAGAAGAAUCUCCUGUCCUGUUAGCUGAUAACAGUUCUGCCGAGCAAUUGGAAGAUGAUAAUGAGGGAACGCAGCUGGUACAAGCACCACGUCGAUCUUCUAGAAAUAAAAGACCUCCACGUUGGUUGAAUCAGUACCAGCUAUCUUAACAGGGGGAGAUGUUGUGGACAGAACCAGCAUCGCGCGACAUUGCCACUCUGGGUUGUUCGCUAUAAGCGACAACCGUUGACGUUGGUAGCCAUCAGCGAUACAGGCGCGGCCAUCGCGAUCGUGUCGCAGGACACGAAGCCGGGACGACGACCCGAGAAAACGAGAGUGUCACUUCAAGUCGGAUGAUCAAGCGGUUAGGUGCAUGCGUGCGGUUGGGGAGGUGUUUUAUAUAUGAACCAAGAGUUACAUGUAAAUCGUAUGAAUAUUGUAAUUGUAU